AUGACUGGGUCACAAAAAUUGCCUCUGCUCUUUAUUCGAAAAUAUUUGAAACCAAGGUGUUUCAAAAAUGUUCAGAAGAUUCCUGGUGCAUAUUAUGCUAAUAAUAAGGCCUGGAUGACUGGCAACAUCUACGAAAAAUGGUUGAGAGAUUUAGAUAACCGUUUUUCAGCAGAGAAGCGCAAAGUUCUCCUAAUCGUGGACAAUUGUACUGCACACAUGGAAGUCACUGGGCUUCAGGCAAUCCGUAUGGAAUAUCUCCCACCAACUGCAGUUUUACAGCCAAUGGAUCAGGGGAUAAUCAAUAGUUUUCAAGCGAAAAUAUAA